AGGUAGCUUUCUUGUCCGAUGUCUUCAAACGAGAACAAGCGGAAGGUGGAGAGUCCCACCGAAGAAGACGAGGCCAGUGCAGCUAAGAAGCCAAAAGCAAGUGAAGAAGAAGGGGAAAAACCGGAUUCCACUCAAGAGAAAGAUGUCAAUGAACAGAAAUCUGAUGAAACCAAAUCAGAUCAGAAUGGGCAUACCAGUAUCGAGACCGACUCAAAGCAAGAAGAGGCCAAGGGCGAGAUUACCCCCGCGCAGGAGAAGCCAGUUGAGUCCUCAUCGAAACUUCCGGAAGUUUUGGACUCGAAGCCGGCUACCAAGGCAAAGCUAGAAUGGUUGUUCUCUACUGGCAAAUGCAGGCGGGAUGAGCUAGACUCUAAGAUUGUUGCAUCCUUGUGCGAUUUCUCCGAUUCCGUGGGCGUGCAGAUCAUCGAACAUUUUUGUGAUGCCGACAUGUCCACCAUGCGGAGCAAGUCAGCGUUUCUUGCUGGAGUCAUCAAGAGGUUCAGAACUGAAGGUGCGGCAGUCAGAGUCAUGCAUCCGAUGGGCAUGAACGUCCCUGCUGUACCUCCCCCUGCCUACACGGGCAUGGUCUUCCAGCCUUCUCCCAUGAUCCCGCCAGCAGGAUUGAUUCCCUCUGUCCAGCAGAAGCUGGAUGCCUUGUUUGCCAGUGGAAAAUGUGCCCGCAGUGACAUCGAUUCUCGGUGCAUGGAGCAGUUGAGGGCACUGCCCGAACAAUACGCCCUGGAAGUUGUGCAGAAAUUCAAUGAAGCAGACCUGUCGAGUAUUCACAGUCGAUCUGGUUUCUUCAUGGGCAUCAUCAAGCGCUUCAGGGAGCAGGUUCAAGCAUCGGAUCCUAGUCUCACAUCUCAGACCUUUCUCAGUCUGCCUUAUUCUGUCCAAGCUAAGGUUGAAACAAUGUUCCAAUCGAACUUGGUAUACAGAACGGACUUGGACGCAAAAUGCUUCAUGGAACUUUUGGCACUUCCCGAAGCGUCCGCACUUGAAGUCAUCGAGAAGUUUUGUGAAGCCAAUCUUCGGGACAUCAGAAACAAGACUGCUUUCUUCCUUGGCAUCGUCAAACGUGUGAAGCAGUCAAACCCCUCGUUCUCGUACGGCAUGGGAAUGGCUCAAGGAAACAUGGGCAUGAGCGGUGGUCAACCCCAGGGGUAUGGUGGAAUGGCCGGAGGCUUUCAGAGCGGGAUGAUGGGGAUGGGGAUGGUGGGGUAUCCGCAGAUGCAGUCGAACUUUGGAAUGCCUAACAUGCAAUAUGGAGGGCAAGGUUCUGUUUAUGAUCCGAGUCAGGAGCAAUCUCAAUAUCCGUAUGGUGGACAGACUGGAUAUCCCUGACCUCCUCAUUCAAGCUUGCAACGCUCUCGAUAUUCGGUUUCGGGGAAUUAAGCAGCUUGUUUUGACCCUUUGCAGAUUUCUUGGUUUCUCUGUAGCGUCGCCUGGAAAGGAUGGUCAUGCCUCGCCAAUCGAGUAUGCUUCUUGUAUUUGCUCGCGGCAUGCAGUCUCCACUCCUUGGUGAUCCAGCCUGGCUUGCGCUUGCAGCUUGUGUUGACGCGUUGCCUGCCUCCUCUGCGUGCAUCCUACCGCUUGCAUGCAGCGCGACUGACAGAUCUCAUGCCCGCCAAUCUUUUCGAUUUGCUUGCCAGCUCUGAGAGGAGAGAGUGCUUGUCGCGCAUGCUUGCUGCUCCUGCUGGCUCUGCUCGGCCCCAUUGCGUGUGGAUGCGAUGAUGGUUUGUGCGCUGCUCAUGUUGCAAGCGGUCCUGGAGAAGGUUGACUGGAGCAUGGCUCUUCAUUGCGAGUGAUUUCAAUGAUUCCUGAGUACUUAAUAUACACGUUUAAUCUC